CUUCAAUAGAUCCUCCCUCCCUCUUUAGUUUAGUUUCUCAGUUUCUUCUUAUCAGUAUAGUCAUGGCCCAAUUUCUUGUUCAUAUUUCCAACUAAAGAUUAGAAUUCUAUCAGAAUGGGACCUGCUGUUAAAUUCACCUAUUUCGAUCUCCUGGGAAAAGGAGAGUUGAUUCGUCUGCUGCUGACUAAAGGAGGGGUUGAUUUUGAGGACAACCGAAUAUCUUUUGCUGAAUGGGGGAAUAUGAAGCCAACAACAACCUUCGGCCAGCUGCCUAUGAUGACUUGGGAUGGUCUUGAAAUGGCACAGUCUCAUGCUAUUGUCAGGUAUGUUGCCAAGAAGGUUGGACUUGCUGGGAAAACUGAUGAAGACUUUUUUCAAGCUGACAUGAUCUUGGAACAUACUAAUGAUAUUUGGAAAGACAUGCCAGGGUUAAGGUUUGCAGCACCAGAUGUAAAGCAGGCUAAAGCAGAGGAGUUCCUCAAGACUACUUUUCCAAAAUUUCUGGAUGGAGCUGAGAAGAUGUUAAAGAUGAGAGGAGGAGAGUGGUAUGCUGGAAAUCAGGUAAAGAUGAGAGGAGGAGAGUGGUAUGCUGGAAAUCAGCUGACAUUUGCUGACUUUGCUAUGUACAUGGUGCUCUUCUUUAUCUCCUGGCCUGAGGAGAAGGGGUUCCAGGAUGUUACAGGAUGUGAUGGUCGGUUCAAGCUUCUGGACAACUACCCACUGGCAAAGGCCAACUUUAUCAAGAUCCAGAAUAUUCCUGAGAUCAAGAAGUAUCUUGACACAAGAAAACCUGGAAACCCUCCUGGUCUAUAGAUCAAUAUAUAAGUUCCUUUUCUUGCAGGGGUUUUCUCCUCUAAAUUUUGUGAUUUUUAUGUAUUAUUUCAAAGAUGUAUUUUAACGAUUCUGUUGUCUGUCAAAAUUUGACUUCUGAAAAUCACUGUAAAAUUAGCAGUUACUUUUUAAAACCUAACACUUUCUGUGUCAAGUAUAAGUAUUUUGGAACCAUUCUAUAGAAUAAAUUUUUUUAAAUUGUA